CACUCCGCAAAACCUAACCAGUCCAAAUGAAACCACUUCUGUUCCUCGCUCUGGUCACCCUCGGGGGUGUGAGCUGCGGCCCCGUCUCAAUCCGAGACAACAACAUCGGGGACAUUACGGCCAUCGGGAUGAACGUCGCCGCCGACAUCCAGGGUGACUUGAACGUCAACAUCGCCAACAUCAUCCUGGCUCUGCUGGUCAACAUGGGCGACCAUCCGCGUCCCCCGGUGGGACCACCUCAACCUACCACCACAGCCCCCGGGGAAGAACCUCCGGUGACAACGCAGCCGCCCCAUCCACCACCAAUUACACCCCCGAUUACGACGGCCGUUCCGCCGAUCAUGCCACCGCCCUCACCACCCGUGGAGGUCCUAAUCAGUGCCAUCCGCGAGAUUCGCCAGAAGGCAGAGGCCGCCAACCUGAGCCAGGAGCAGAAGGACCAACUGUGGCGGGAGCACGCGGAACCGUUUGUGAAGAGAUUGAUGGCCGCCAAGGACUGAAUUGAUCAAAAUGAUUUGCUGAAGAAAUAAAAAGUAAAUAAAUGUACAGUCAUCC